UUUAGUUGCUUUCUUUCAUUCUGCGUUUGCGUUUUCGCAUUUUCCAAUAUUUUGUUUAUCCUUUCAUUAUUUUCGUUUUGCAAACUUUAUUUAUGUGUGUUUGGUGAACAAUCAUGACGAACCAAGAAAUAAGUCUAAAGUGGAACGGUUAUCAGAGCAACAUACUUUCCAACGUGAAGGAAUUGUUCAAAGACGAAGGCUUAUCAGAUGUCACACUUGUUUCGGAGGGACUCAGUUUUAAGGCUCAUAAAGUUAUUCUAUCAGCCAAUAGUUCAGUAUUCAGAACGAUAUUUCAGCAAAAUCCCCACAAGGAUCCAAUUAUAGUGCUUCAUGAUAUCAACACAGCCUCCUUGCGGACUCUGUUGACGUUUAUGUACAAUGGGGAGGUGAAUGUGACAGAGGAAUUCUUGCCAGUGUUACUGAAAACUGCAGAGACAUUGAGGAUCUGUGGACUGUCCACUGGGAGCGAAAUUGCGAAGGAAGAUGAGAAAGCCACAAUAGCCAAUCAGCCAAAGAAGCGGAAGAGAAGUGAACAAGAAGACAAUAAUAAUAAAGUGAAAAAGUCUACGCCACCACCCAAACCUGACACAGUUUGUAACCUAAGUGCCAAUACUGAUUCUAUGAAAAUUUCUAACAUAGUGCCAAAAGAAGAACCUUUAGAUUCACCAUUAACUGACUAUUCUGGCGAGAACACUAAUGACACAGACAUUGCCUUACUCGACGAUGCCUUGGAAAAGAAAUAUACCAUCAGUCCGGAGAGUUUGUCUGGUAAAUCUGUAUGUACCACUGGGUCAAAUGAAAGGAGUAUAAAGAAAUGGGUCAGUGAAGUCAGUAGCACUCAACCAUGCCUUAACAAUUGUAUUGAGAAAACAAACGGAACAGAUGCCAGCGAAGAGGACAAAGACAGUAUUGAAAUUGAUAAGGAAGUAGAGACGGUACUCCAAAGUGGAACAAUUGUAGAGUCCCUAAGUAUAACUACAGAAAAUCUUAAUUUGGUUUCCAGUGAAGCACAGAACUAUAAAGAUAAGAAUACUUGCUACGCUAACCCAUCAUUCCCAUGUCCAUUUUGUACAAGAGUGUACAACAGUUGGGGAUAUAGAAGGAGACAUGUGAAGUCUAGACAUACUACAAAUAGAUUGUCUUGCAAAUGGUGUGUGUCAGUGUUACCGUCAACUGGGGCAUGGUACUCCCAUGCGACCCGAGCCCACGGGGUCCCUCAUGAGGAGGCGAGGAACUCUCUUGUAGUAAUGGUGGAAGCCCAUGCCGUCCUUACUCUGAACGAACCCAGUGUGGCGCAGUUACUCGGACAAGUUGGUAUGACCGAUGGGAAAGGAGGUGUGCCCGAGAAGAGCAAUUAGGGUAUGUUUUCUGAUAUAUUGUACGGAAGAUCCGCUAUGCACUGGGUUUCAACCUGUUUGUGUAAAGGUAGAAAAACUAAGUGGGUGGAUGUUUUUCCAAACACGGUUUUUAAAGAUUCUCUGUGGUCCGUAAAAUUUUAUCUUAUAUAAUUACAUUGCCUAUAUUGUAUUUUUAAAUGGAUGAAUUGUGAAGAGACUGUUCUCAGAUUAGAUAAGGUGCCAUUUUGACUUUAUAAUAGUCAUGUUGGAAGUCAAAGGAGUCGAAUAAAAUGUGUGUUUUAUAUUACUAUUAUUACUAGAAUUAUGAGAGAAAGAAAAGAUAUCGGUAAAAUUUUAAAAGAAAACUACAGCAAUAUUUUUGAUAUUAUAAAAAAGUAGUAUAGAAAUUCUAUCUUAAGAGUGAGUAUUUUGGAGCAAUAUUUUUGUAUUUUGGAAUAUGUACUAAAAUGAUUUAUUGGUAAGAUUACCAAGUAAGUAACAAAUAAAAAACACCUACUUGUAAUUUGGUAAAAAUCCCAGAUCUGCAAACAUUUAUAACGAAAAAAUUUCGUUUCAUGACAUUAUUUUUAAGUUACAUUGGUCAGUAGUGGCAUUAUGUGUCUGUGGUCAGUAAUAUACACUCGUUUCAAGCAUGCACCUAAUUAUAGUUUUAAAUAAUAAAUAACA